AUGAGAUCUGGGGCCGGGAGCCCUAACUCAAGCCACGCAGGAAAGCUCCAUCUCCACAGGGCCAUCCACGGCGGGAAGGUGGACGCGAUGGACGCCCUCAUUUCUCUGGGAGCAGACGUGACACGGCCCGCGCCCCACGGCAAGACAACCCUGCAUCUCGCCGCUUCUACCAGCGGCAGUGACGUCAUCGCACGGCUGUUAGACCUGGGCUGUGACGUCAACGCGAGGGACGCGAUCCAGGGCAGCACGCCCCUGCACGUGGCGUGUGCUUACUGCAACAGGGCGGCGGUGCUCACGUUGUUAAUUCGGGAUGCCGAGUUUAACGCGGUCAACCACUGCAGACAGACCCCUUUGUCUAAACUUUUAGAACCGGUGACGAAAGCGGAUGAUUUUCACAACACGUCCCGACUCAUCCUAGCUCGGGAACUUGUUAGCUUUGGACUCAUCCUUCAGCUGGAGGUAAUGGACCGUGACCAACCUGAACGUGACGGUGCGUGUUCGGACACACUACACACCGGGACCAAACUAAGCAAACCGUAUCAGUCAAGCAGACGACAGCUGUCAGGUAAAUUAAAACGGAUUUAUCAAGGACUCAUCCAAGAUCUGGCUCCCUCGUUGUCCUUGAAGCAGUGGUGCCGUCUAACGGUUCUCAAAUCUGUUGGACACCGGCCGUUGGCUGACAGCAUCAAGCAGCUCAAGGUCCCGACCUUGGUGCAAACGUUUAUCUUACAAGGUCACCGUGACCUUUCUGGGUUGCGACAUUGA